AUGAAGACUCACAGAAUUCUGGAGCAGAACUGGCACUCACCCUGCUCUCGUGGCCUGGAGGAGGCAGUCUUGGGAACCGUGCAGUCCCAUAGGGACGUCCCUUCCCUGUGGUGGUCGCUAUCACUGCUGUUGCUACUGGGCCUGGGGUUGCCUCUAGCCAUCUCCCAGACUCUCAGCUACAGGGAGGCUGUGCUCCGUGCUGUGGAUGCCUUCAACCAGCAGUCCUUGGACACCAAUCUCUACUGUCUCUUAGACCUGGAUUCUGAGCCCCAAGGGGAUGAGGACCCAGAUACUCCCAAGUAUGUGAGGUUCCGAGUGAAGAAGACUGUGUGUGCCAAGGCAAUGCAGCAGAUACCUGAGCAAUGUGCCUUCAAGGAACAGGGGGUGGUGAAGCAGUGUAUAGGGACAGUCACCCUGAACCCGGCCUCAGAUUCUUUUGACAUCAGCUGUAAUGGGCCUGGUAUACAGCCCUUUCGGUUCAAGAAAGUUUCACGGCUGGCUGGACUCCUCCGGAAAGGUGGGGAGAAGAUUGGUGAAAAGCUUAAGAAAAUUGGCCAGAAAAUUAAGGAUUUUUUUUUUCAGAAACUUGCACCUGAGACAGAGCAGUAGUCCUGCCUUGGCCUGUUUCUGGAUCCCUAAAAUAAUAAACUUGG